AAAACGUGUAGACGCCCCAAACAUCAAAUUGGUAACGGACUAAAAUUGCCUCCCGGCUGUCUGUCCAAAAUUCCAGAUUCCAACUGAUUAACCAAUCAGCCCAAAACCCUAAAUUCCCAAUUCCUAGAUUUCCGAAUCUAUUGGUGUAUUUGGAUCUCAGAGAUGCGACGAUCUUUGUUUUUCCUUCUUCUAUUUGCUCCGCUAAUUGAAUGUUUGUCCAGUCCUUCAGCCAUCACUGCAGGCUCAGAGAGCUCAGAGACCUCCCUCUCCAAUCCAUAUUCCUGGAGUUCCAACCUCUUCAAUUCUCUUUGGCCCAAACUCGGAAAUGAUGUAGCUCUGCUGGUUACACUAGAUGGGACGAUAUAUAUGGUGAACACUACGACGGGGGAGAUUCAGUGGGACGUCCCGUCUGGUGCCCCAAUUUAUACUUCAUAUCAGGAUGUCAAUUAUUUUAACAAGAUUACGAGUGAUGAUUACUUUUUCAUUGAUGUUGGUGAAGACGGGGCGCUCUAUAGCCAUACCAGCAAAGGAAAAGAGAAAUUGUCAUCGACUAUUGAAGAAUAUAUCGGACGCACUCCGAUUUGGUCAAAGGAUGGGGGAGUCACGUUGGGAUCAAGGAGGACCACUGUGUUCCAAGUUGUUGCCCAGACCGGAAAACCAAUUCAUAUAUAUAAUUCAGCUGAUACUCCUUCCAAGUUAGUAGUUCGGAGAACUAAAAGUGAUGUGUCUCCAAAAGUGAAGGAUGCUGACGAGUUGGUAGAGUCUGGUUCCAAGGGCUUGGAAACUGUUGAGCAGCCCCUUUCUAUCGUGAGAACAGAUUAUGAAAUCACACAUCAUUCUUCGGGCAAGGUUGUAUGGAAUGUGACAUUUGCUGCAUUUGAUUCUUAUCCCCAAGUUUCUAAUACUGGAAAAGAGCUUGCUUUAAAGCACAGCAGGGAUUCAGAUUCAACAUUGCCGUAUCAAAUGAAGACUAUUAUCCUCCUAACUCGCGAUCCUAGAUUGACAGAAUCUCUUUCUGCAUUAGCCAGACGAACUGAUAGACAUCCUGGAGGCAGUCUGGCCAUCGAGCAUGGGCUUCAUGAUAAUCUUCCUGCGACUGUUCGACAGAUUCCUCUGCCUCCUCACAGUGAUGAGGGCAGAGGAAUUCUUGCCACAUAUCGUGAAACUGAGGACCCUGGCAUCUUGGGUACCCAUGUUAGAGGUGUUGGUCAAAUGAAUGCCACAAGCAGAAUGGCCGAAGCUGUAACGAAGUUACAAUCUCUCUUUCUGUUUGUGCUCACACUUCUGUCCAUUAUGGUCUAUGUCUUACGCCGUUAUGUAACCUUUGGAAAACAGCGUAAACUGAAAGAGAUGGUUGAGGAAACUAAAGUGCAAACAGGGGUUCCAAAAAAGAAGAAAACUCGUCGAUUGGGAAACAAUAAGAGGAAUGUCAUUGAUGAGAAAAACACGAGCAAUGUGUUGCAUGAAUAUAAGGUUGGAGAAUCAGAAGAAUCUAUACACAGUCAAAGAAGCAAAGACAAAUUUCUCUUGACCUUUACUGAUCAUGUUGAUGGUCAAAUAGAGGGACGUAGAAUUGGCAAGCUACUUGUUUUCAACGAUGAAAUUGCUAAGGGAAGUAAUGGUACCAUUGUACUUGAGGGAACCUAUGAUGGUCGUCCAGUAGCUGUUAAACGUCUAGUACGGGCUCAUCAUGAUGUGGCUUUGAAAGAGGUUCAGAAUCUUAUUGCCUCUGAUCAGCAUCCAAAUAUUGUCCGUUGGUAUGGGGUGGAGUAUGAUCAAGAUUUCGUUUAUCUAUCCUUGGAGCGUUGUAUAUGUAGCUUAAAUGAUUUGAUUUAUUUUUACUCUGAGUCGAUUCAAAGCCAAAUCACCAAGGAUCAGGAACCCCAAUUUUUGACUGAGUAUACCGUUCGAUUGCAUACGAUAAUGGAAAAUAACAAGGGCAUUGAAUUGUGGAAGGCGAAUGGGUACCCUUCACCCCAGUUGUUAAAAUUAAUGAGUGAUCUGGUUUCUGGGCUUGCACAUUUACAUGAACUUGGAAUUAUACAUCGGGACUUAAAGCCUCAGAAUGUUUUGAUAAUAAAAGGCAGGUCUUUGCGUGCCAAGCUUUCAGAUAUGGGUAUCAGCAAACGCCUACAAGGGGACAGGUCUUCCAUAACCCAGCAUGCUACUGGUUAUGGUAGCUCAGGAUGGCAAGCACCUGAGCAACUUCGCCAUCAGCGCCAAACACGUGCAGUGGAUUUAUUUAGUUUAGGGUGUCUUCUCUUUUUCUGUGUCACUGGGGGAAAACACCCUUAUGGUGAUAGUAUCGAGCGUGAUGUAAAUAUAGUAAAUGACCAGAAAGACCUGUUCUUAGUAGAUACUAUACCAGAAGCUGUGGAUCUUUUUAAUCGUCUCUUGGAUCCCAACCCUGAUAUGAGGCCAACAGCCAUGGAUGUGUUGCAUCAUCCUUUUUUCUGGAGUUCUGAGACUAGACUUUCAUUUCUUCGAGAUGCUAGUGAUCGAGUUGAAUUGGAAGAUAGGGAGAGUGAAUCGGAACUCUUAAAUGCAUUAGAAGGUACUGCAGCAGUUGCUUUAAAUGGGAAGUGGGAUGAGAAGAUGGAAUCUGCAUUUAUCAAUAACAUUGGUCGCUACAGGCGUUACAAGUUUGAUAGUGUUCGUGACUUAUUGCGUGUCAUACGGAACAAGUUAAACCAUUACCGGGAACUUCCUCAAGACAUUCAGGAAAUACUGGGGCCAGUUCCCGAGGGCUUUAACAGUUAUUUUUCAAGUCGAUUUCCAAAACUUUUAAUCGAGGUUUAUAAAGUGUUGUACAGGUACUGCAAAGAGGAAGAAUUCUUGUGUAAGUAUAUGAAAAGCAAUCUACUAUAACUGCCCCCCACCCGGCCUGCCUUAGCCACCUCACUUUCUUGACCUGUUUCAACGAAUUAAUUUAACUUUUGUAAUUGCAAAUGUAUUAUAUAUGUACACACAGUGAUAGUGCAAAAGUGAAUGAAGAAGCUACAUGUUAUAGUGUUUCAUU